ACUUGCCUUAAAAGUGACGUCACGCGUAGGCAAACAAGAGCGAACGCUAAUGGUUGUUUUUGAUGUCACUUAUUAAUAAAUACCUGCCUAGAAGCUAAAUCCUAGUAAGAGUUCAAAUUUUAGCCAGCAUUGUUUAGGUGUUUGCAUUACGUCAUCGCUGAUGUCACGUGUUCGCAUGUGGAGCUCGCAGCAUCCGGAGGACCGGCCCGCCUCAAAGAGGGUCCUCCUCAGUGACCGCGCGACGCCAUGCAUCGCCUGCUGAGCACGGCGGCCACGAGGCUCCGACCCCUGACCUCCGCGCAGUCGGUCAGGACGACGUCCGUGUCCGGAACCCAUCCGGAUGUCCGGCGAGACGGCAGGGCGCCUGAAUCGGCUCGCCGGCAAAAUUUCCGUGUGGCGGCGGAACCGUUUCUUAACGGCGCCAGCAGCAACUACGUGGAGGAGAUGUACCUGGCCUGGCUGGAGGAGCCCAGCGACGUUCACAAGUCCUGGGACGUCUUUUUCCGCAACGCCAAAGCCGGCGCUGCGCCCGGCCCCGCCCACCAGGCCCUGCCGCCACUGCAAGAGUGUCUUUCGGGGCGGGCCACUGCGACGGCGCCGUUGAGCGCCGCCGAGACAGAUUUAGAGACGCUGGUAGGCGAUCACCUGGCGGUCCACACGCUCAUCCGCGCAUACCAGGUGCGAGGGCAUCACCUCGCCAAGUUGGACCCUCUGGACAUCAGCUGUGUGGACCUGGAUGACGCGCCCUGUAGCAUCGGCUUAAACAAAGUUGGUUCUUACGGUCUGCAGGAGUCAGACUUGGACAAAGUGUUCCGUCUUCCAAAAACCACCUUCAUCGGCGGCAGUGAGGACACGCUGACGCUGAGGGAGAUCGUGCGCCGCCUGGAGACGGCGUACUGUCAGCACAUCGGCGUGGAGUUCAUGUUCAUCAACGACGUGCAGCAGUGCCAGUGGAUCCGGCGGAGGUUCGAGAGCCCGGGGAUCCUGCGCUUCAGCCCGGAGGAGAAGCGGACCCUGCUGACCAGGACGGUCCAGUCCACCAGGUUUGAGGAGUUCCUCCAGAGGAAGUGGUCGUCCGAGAAACGCUUUGGCCUGGAAGGUUGCGAGUCGCUCAUCCCGGCCCUCAAGACCGUCAUCGACAUGUCCUGCGGCAGCGGCGUGGAGAGCGUCGUCAUGGGGAUGCCGCACAGAGGGAGGCUCAACGUGUUGGCCAACGUGGUCCACAAGGAACUGGACCAGAUCUUCUGCCAGUUUGAUCCCAAGCUGGAGGCGGCUGACGAGGGAUCCGGCGACGUCAAGUACCACCUGGGCAUGUCCCACACGAGGACGAACAGCCUGAGCGACAAGAACGUCACGCUGUCGCUGGUGGCCAACCCCUCCCACCUGGAGGCCGUGGACCCCGUGGUGCAGGGGAAGACCAAAGCCGAGCAGUUCUACAGCGGAGACUCCAAGGGCAAGAAAGUGAUGUCCAUACUCAUCCACGGCGACGCCGCCUUCGCCGGACAGGGCGUCGUCUACGAGACCUUUCACCUCUCGGACUUGCCGUCCUACACCACGCACGGCACGGUGCACGUGGUGGUCAACAACCAGAUCGGCUUCACCACAGAUCCCAGGAUGGCUCGCUCGUCGGCGUACCCCACCGACGUGGCUCGCGUGGUCAACGCUCCCAUCUUCCACGUCAACGCUGACGACCCCGAGGCCGUCGUGUACGUGUGCAAGGUGGCGGCCGAAUGGAGAAACACCUUCCACAAAGAUGUGGUGGUGGACCUGGUGUGCUACAGGCGGAACGGCCACAACGAGAUGGACGAGCCCAUGUUCACGCAGCCGCUGAUGUACAAGCGGAUCAAGAAGCAGGAAGGUGUCUUGAAGAAGUACGCGGAGAAACUCAUCAGCGAGGGCGUGGUCACCAUGCAGGAGUACGAGGAGGAAGUGGCCAAGUACGACAAAAUCUGCGAGGAAGCUUACGCUCGCUCCAAAGACGAGAAGAUCCUGCACAUCAAAGACUGGCUGGACUCCCCUUGGCCCGAUUUCUUCACUGCGGACGGACGCCCUAAAACGAUGAGCUGUCCGCCCACCGGCCUGAGCGAAGACCAGCUUGGCUAUAUCGGGAAGGUGGCCGCCUCCGUCCCCGUGGACGACUUCACGGUCCACACGGGCUUGAGUCGCAUCCUGAAGGCCCGGGCGGACAUGUUGAGGCAGCGCGUGUGCGACUGGGCGCUUGGCGAGUACAUGGCUCUGGGCUCGCUGCUCCAACAAGGCGUCCAUGUACGUCUCAGCGGUCAGGACGUGGAGAGAGGCACCUUCAGCCAUCGACAUCACGUCCUUCACGACCAGAAGAUGGACAAGAAGACCUGCAUCCCCAUGAACCACAUCUCGCCUGACCAGGCCUCGUACACCGUCUGCAACAGCUCGCUGUCCGAGUACGGCGUCUUGGGGUUCGAGUUAGGCUUCGCCAUGGCCAGUCCCAACGCGCUGGUCCUGUGGGAGGCCCAGUUCGGAGACUUCCACAACACGGCUCAGUGCAUCAUAGACCAGUUCAUCAGCUCGGGUCAGGCCAAGUGGUUCCGACAGAACGGCAUCGUGCUGCUGCUGCCACACGGCAUGGAGGGAAUGGGUCCCGAGCAUUCGUCCGCCCGCCCUGAGAGAUUUCUCCAGAUGUGCAACGACGACUCAGACGUGUUCCCGAGCGUGUGUGAGGACUUUGCCGAGCGACAGCUGUACCACUGCAACUGGAUCGUGGUCAACUGCUCCACCCCCGCCAACUACUUCCACAUCCUCCGCCGCCAGAUGCUGCUGCCCUUCAGGAAGCCGCUGAUCGUGUUCACUCCCAAGUCGCUGCUGCGCCACCCCGAGGCCAAGUCCAGCUUGGACCUCAUGCUGCCAGGCACAUGCUUCCAGCGUGUGAUCCCAGACGAGGGUCCGCCCGCCCACGUGAAGAGAGUCAUCUUCUGCACCGGAAAAAUCUACUACGAUCUGGACCGCGAGCGCAAGAACCGAGCCAUGGACGCCACCGUGGCGGUGGUCCGCGUGGAGCAGCUGUCGCCGUUCCCCUUCGACCUGGCGAAGGUGGAGACCGAGCGCUACGCCAACGCAGACGUGGUGUGGUGUCAGGAAGAGCACAAGAACCAGGGUUACUACGACUACGUCAAGCCCCGCCUCCAGACCACUGUCGGCCCCGCCCGCCCCGUCUGGUACGCUGGUCGUGGGCCUGCAGCUGCCCCCGCCACAGGAAACAAACACACACACCUGGCCGAGCUGCAGCGGCUACUCAACACGGCCUUUGACCUGCACGCCUUCGCGGGGAAGGACUCGUAACCAACCACCUGAGACCUCAUCAAGCCAACAUUAGCGCCAGUAAAGAUGCGAAUGUAAAAUUAGUAACUAUUAUUCUGUAACCAUAGCAACAUCAGCUCAGGUAACCGCACUCAUGCCAGCACACCUUUGAUAUUUUUAUUGGAAGCUAUGUUUUUUUGUUUUUUUUUAUUUGAGUGUUGAUGAUGUCAUGGAACUGACUAUUUUCUUGAAAUAGAUAUGAAGACAAAUAAUCUGCCGGAUGAAAUGUAAAUAUUUAAUGUUGAUGUUUUGUCGCCCACACCAACCUCACCUCAAUAAACUACAAUGGAUGCUGAAGAGUGCUGGGACAGUUUGGCUUCCGGACGCCAGGGGGCAGCAUGGAGCAGAG